AUAAGGGGCCAGAUAAUACUAGUAAAAGAGAAAAAGAAGACGCGGUUGGAUCACGGGGAAGAAGGCGUGAUUAGGGAGAGGAUCGAGAUUAGUCGACGUGCUCUGCGUCACCCGGAAGCCAUUUGCGUGAUUGAUUGCGCUUGCGUCCCUAAUCCUCCUCUCCCAUCAUCUCCUGUUUCCCUCUCUCUUGCUUCGCUUUGUCCCUUUCCUCCCCGCAUCUCCUUGUCCCGCCCGCUCGCCCUCCCACGGCCCUCCCGGUCUCGGCCCGGCGGCCGCAACAAUAAAAUAAAUCUCGUGCUGUGGGGGGAGGGGCGCACGGCGACGCGGACGCACCGUACAGGGCUGCGCAAUCCCUUUCUCCCUCUUAUCCCGAAGGCAGGAGCCGCGUCUCCGGACUCCAGAGGGCGAGGAGAGGGGGGCGCUUCUUGUUCACCUCCGCUUUCCGAGAUGUCGUCACCAAGCAAGCGCCGCGAGAUGGACCUCAUGAAGCUGAUGAUGAGCGACUACAAGGUGGAGAUGGUGAACGACGGGAUGCAGGAAUUCUUCGUCGAAUUCAAGGGGCCGACAGAAAGUAUCUAUCAAGGCGGCGUCUGGAAGGUUAGGGUAGAAUUACCUGAUGCAUAUCCUUACAAAUCCCCGUCCAUCGGCUUCAUCAACAAGAUUUAUCACCCGAAUGUUGAUGAAAUGUCUGGUUCUGUCUGUUUGGAUGUCAUAAACCAGACAUGGAGCCCAAUGUUUGAUUUAGUAAAUGUUUUUGAAGUAUUUCUUCCACAGCUUCUACUCUAUCCCAAUCCUUCUGAUCCAUUAAAUGGGGAGGCUGCAGCAUUGAUGAUGCGUGACCGUCCUGCUUAUGAACAGAAAGUGAAAGAAUACUGUGAGAAGUAUGCCAAACCAGAGGAUGCUGGCAUAACCCCAGAAGACAAGUCCAGUGACGAGGAGCUUAGUGAGGAGGAAGAUGACUCUGGGGACGAAGCUAUACUCGGCAAUCCCGAUCCUUAGUCUAAGUUGGAAGCUGCGCUCCCAACAAAUCAAUACAAUGUUCAUUGCAGAAAUUGCAAUUAAACAAAAAAACUGAAAAACUAAAAAAAACUCCGGAUGUCAUGUAAAUAAGUGUACCCUGUAUGUUAUCCUAUGCUGUUUCUUCAGUCAACCUGUUGAAUUUGCAGUAGCUCUAACAUUGUCUCGUUUGUCUCGUAAAGGUUUCGUUUCAGGGAAUAAACUAUGGUUGUAGCUUCCUCCAUUGGCUGUUGAUGUGGGCAUGACGGAUAUUGAUUGCUUGCAUGUUUAACCAACCAACAGUUGUUUUACUAGCAA